GACCGCUUCUCGAGGCACAAUGACGGAGUUCGAGACGCUGCGCUUCGCGCCCUUCUCGAGCGCGCCGAAGGUGGCCUUCUGGCAGGCCGUCGGCGACGCGAAGCUGCGCGACUGGCGCCUCGACGACGGCGCGCGGGCCAUCACCGGCGCCUACUGGCCCGGCUCGUCGUCCGGCGGCGGCGCGCGCCUCGAGCUCGGCGCGUCGUCGGUGAGCGGCGGCGCCGGCCCGGAGGGCGCGCUCGCGGCGCCGGGCCGCCUGACGCUCGUCAACACCGUGGAGGCGUUCCGGUCGCGGGACAAGAACGCGUUCCUCGCGGACGCCGCUGCCGCGCUCGCGGACGCCAUGGACUCGGGCGCGGCCUGGGAGCGGCCGGAGGUGCUCGCGGGCUUUGAGGUCCUGGCGUUCGCGGACCUGAAGACGCAGAAGUUCGUCUACUGGUUCGCGUUCCCGGCGCUCGCGCUCGACCCCGCCGCGCGGCUCGCGAAAAGCGAACCGCUCGCGAGCCUCGGCGGCGACGUCGCCGACCGGCUCGUCGCCGAGGCGCUCGCGUCCGUGGCCUUCGCCUUCGACCCGGCGACGAACACCAUCCUCACGCUCGCGGCCGCGGCGGCGGUCGACGACGCGCCGAGGACGCUCGUGUUCUGCGUGGCGGACCCCGCGACGGCGCAGCCGGGCUGGCCCGCGCGGAACCUGGUCGCGCUCGUGUCGCGCAGGUUCCGCGCGACGGCGGCGCGCGUCGCGUGCAUCCGCGCGACGGCCGCCGAGUCCGUCGUGCUCGACGUCGCGCUGCCCGAGGGCUGCGGCCGCGGCGCCGAGAGCCGGGGGGUCGGCUGGGAGCCGAACGCGGCGGGCCGCAUGGGCCCGCGGUCCGUGGACCUGGCGCACCUCAGCGACCCGGCGGAGCUCGCGACGGCGGCGGCGACGCUGAACCUGGAGUUGAUGCGCUGGCGGCUCCUGCCGGACCUCGACGUGGACAAGCUGAAGGCGACGAAGUGCUUGCUCUUGGGCGCGGGCACGCUCGGCUGCGCCGUGUCGCGGAAUCUCGUGGCCUGGGGCGUGGCCCACGUGACCUUCGUGGACUCGGGCAAGGUCUCCUACAGCAACCCGGCGCGCCAGUCGCUCUACGAGGUCGACGACGCCGCGAAGCACAAAGACAAGGCGGUCGCGGCCGCGGACGCGUUACAACGCAUCGCGCCGGGCACGUCCUCGAAGCCCGCGCGCUUCGAGGGCCGGGUCAUGACCAUCGCCAUGCCCGGCCACUCCCUCGCCGGCGACGCGAACGCCGAGCAGGAUUUGCAGGACCUGUCGGCGAUGGUGGACGCGCACGACGUCGUCUUCCUCCUCACGGACACGCGCGAGGCCCGGUGGCUGCCGACGGUGCUCGCGGCGGCGCACGACACGCUGCUCAUCAACGUCGCCCUGGGCCUCGACACCUUCGUCGUGAGCCGCCACGGGCUGGCCGGCCAGGGCCCGGGGAAGCUCGGCUGCUACUUCUGCAACGACGUCAUGGCGCCGAGCGACUCGUCGAAGGACCGGACGCUGGACCAGCAGUGCACCGUGUCGCGGCCGGGCCUCGCGCCCGUGGCGUCGGCGCUCGCCGUCGAGCUGCUCCGCGUCGACGCGAAGGCGCGGCCCCUCGGCAUCCUGCCCCACAGCGUCCGGGGCUUCCUCACGCACUUCCAGACCGUGCUGCCGACGACGCGCGCCUUCGACAAGUGCUCCGCCUGCUCCGACGCCGUCGUCGGCGCCUUCCGGGACCGGGGCUUCGCGUUCGUCGCCGCGGUCGCCGCGGACCCCGCGCACCUCGAGGCCGUCUCGGGCCUCACGGGCAUGAAGGCCGACGUCGGCGACUGGGAGGACGACGACGACGACGACUUUUAGGGUCGUAUGUGUGUGUGCGUGUAUGAAUU